AUGAGUAAAAACAGUGUGUCUGAAAUACCAUAUAUUGCAGAGGAAGUUUUAAAUUGUAUCGAAGAAAAGAUACACAGUACAGGCAACAAACAACUUUCAGACGAGGACCUGCUUAACCUAAAUUCUGUCUACGGUAUCGUACUGCAACGAGCUCUCGAUAUUUUAGAAAAAUACCCUUUUCUCGAGACAUAUUACACUGCCAAUAAAGCUCGAAUACUGAAGAUCAAAAUGGAUGAGGGGACCUCGCAGUAUUAUUUUACAGCUUCUAUGGAUUCUGGAAAAACUUUAUACAGUUUAUUGAAGGCUAUCCAAUUCCAAGAGUGUGCCAUAUUCUGUGCAAUGCCCGAAGGCCUAAAGUUAACGGUUGAAGAAGGUAAAUGUGUGCAAGCAUCAGCUUACGUCCCAGCCGACAAUUUCACGGAGUACCAUGUGAAGGAUGAUGUGGAUGUAUUAUUUAAAAUAAGUAUAGCAGUGCUGACAGAAUGUCUCAAUAUAUUUGGAGCUAGCGAAGAAUCCAGUCUCAAAAUGUACUACCGGAGUGAGGGUUCACCAUUACUAUUGGUUUUACAGCCGCAGUCUGUGAACAAUGUAAUGACAGACUGUGAGAUAUCAACGCAGACAGCUGACUCCGUACUAGAGUUGAGGGAUGAGGAUGCAUCGGAAGUGGCCAAGUUGGUGCUCAAAGCAUCCGCUUUUUUAGGACUAUUGGCAGAUUUGGAAAGGUCCUGCGAUAUAAUUGAGUUGAACCUAUCCCCUGAUCAUCCUCAUGUCAGUAUUGUUACAUAUGGAAUGCAGGACAGAUCUUGUAUAGAUGUGCCGAAGUCAUCUGAAAUGGUGCAAAGCUUCAGUUGUGAGAAACCAGUUACUCUGAAGUACCAAUUGUCGCAUAUAAGGCUUAUUAUGAAAGCGCUUGCUGUGUCUUCAAAGGUCGUUUUAAGAUGUAGCUCAAAUGGUCUGUUGCUGCUACAGUUGAAAUUGGAGAAAGAGGACCAGAGGCAGAUGUUCUCGGAGUUUUAUAUUGUGCCUUUAUUGGAGGAAUAC